AUGUCCUCGCUGAUGACAUCCACUUCCACUGACCCUGCGGGGAUUCCAGUGUCCACAAGCGAAUUGUGCUCUUCCUCAAUCUUCAGCACGAACCCUCGAUUCUCAAGCGGCGAUGUCCAAGAGCGCAUGGCUCGAAAGCGUAAAACGACCGCAAAUACUUGGGCUCACGCCCGUGAGCCCCUCAAUUCGGAGCCAUCUCGUUGCGGUCGCAAAAAUGAGAAGAUUUACUACUGCAUGCAUUGUGUAAGUCCGACUUACUCCACGACCGUUUCAACGACCUUUCGGAAUCAUCUGCUCAAGAUACACGGCAUUGAGCUGGAAGCCCAUGAACAUCCGAUUAAAAAACGGCGUGACCGUCUGAUUCAGGAUGCUUUCGCCAAGGCCGGCGAUAUGCAUGCUGCAAAGCAACUGGCAAAACGAGAAGAAACUCUGAGACAUGCCAUCAAUCACAAAGCAGCGUUGGAGGCACUUAUUCAGCUCGUGACUGUCCGUAAUCUCUCUUACAACUGCAGUUCUUGGCCAGAGCUUCAUGCGCUCAUUUCUGCAGUCAAUCCUGCGGCAGAUGACCUCAUCAGCCUUUCUCACGGCUCCAUACAGAAGCUUGUCUCCAAUUCCUUUCGUGUACACAAAGACAUGUUGCGAAGAAAAUUGCAGUCUACCAUGCAGUACCCACCUGCCGGUCAUACCCACCUACCGUAA